AUGAGUGAAACAAACAUUCCAUAGCCAAAUCCUAGCUAAACUACGAUUGGAAGGGGUACUUUCUCAAUGAUUGAUCCUAUCUCUGUAGUUAACUUCCCAGAAAGUCCAACUAAGCUAAUAAAAAAACGUAUUGAAGUAUAAAUCCAACCAGUCUAGUAACCUUCUAAGCCUACCUAGAGUCCUCUUGUUUGGAGCUAAUUAAUUUUUGUAUUAUUGUAUAUCAUUGUUGGUGGCUGUGACACUGUUAUCUACAAAUACUAAAACACGACUAUAGUAAAUGGAAUAAAUUUCCAUCAUCCUUUUAUUUAGACUUUCAUCAUGGAACUUGCAAACACUUUGCCUCUUUAUUACAUCCUAUAUAAAAAAUUAAAGAAGUAAAAUAUCAUGUAAAUUGACGACAACAAAAAGAAUAUGACUAGUAUCAAAGACUAUCUCUGGAUAUUGCUUCCCUCUCUCUGUGAUUUAACUGGAGCUACUUUAUAGUAUUUCGCUUUGCUUUUCCUCGAUAGUAGCAUUUAUCAAAUGAUGAGAAGCGGCUCCAUAAUCUUCACUGCUCUCUUCUCUAAACUAAUUUUUAGAAAAAUUUUCUUAAAGUACAGAUACCUUGGUUUACUCUGUACAAUAAUCGGUCUUAUUCUAGUUGGUUUAUCUCCUUUUCUAUUUGUUGGUCCAUCUGAGUCUUCUAGUUUAAGCAUGCAAUUUAUCUCAAUUGGUUUACUUGCUAUUUGCAUGGUUUUAUAUGGUUGCUAUUACACAUCUGAAGAAUAUAUUUACAGCAAAUACAAUAUCCACCCAUGCUAAUUACUAGGAACUGAAGCUUUAUAUGGAUGCAUAAUCUACAUGACAAUAUUAUUGCCAAUCUUUUGUAAUGUUGAAUGUAAUUUCCCAAACGGAGUUGGUUGUGUUAAAGUAGGAGAUAAGUUCUACUUUGAAAAUAUAUCUUUAUACAUUAAUGGUGUUUUAUAGAAUUAUUGGUUGUUGACUUUUGUAAUUUUGGGUGUUCUUUCUAAGUUUAUUUUUAACUUAAGUGGAGUAUUCACAACAAAGUUCUUUGGAAGCCUUACAAGAUCAGUUGCUGGAGCAUUAGGAACAUUAGUAACAUGGAUAAUUGGUUUAUUAGUCACUGCUACUGGUGCUAGAAAGUGGGAAAGCUUAGAUUAUAAAACAUGUCUUAUGAUGAGCGCUGGUUAUAUUUUCCUUUUUGCAGGCAAUUUAAUCUACAAUGGAAUAAUUAAGGUCCCAUAUUUCAAGAGAGAAAGUGACAUUUAAGCUUUAAAGAAAUAAUAAUUAACUUCUAUUUAAGUAGGAUCUACUGAUACUUUAAAAAUAGAAAUCUAAGAAACUCCUUUUUCAGUAGUAUCAUUACCUACAUGA